CUUUGCGAGAAUAAAGAAAGUGAUGGGCGUGGGAACAAGAGUGAGCGAAACUAGAUAAGAUAAAGAUGUAGUGAUCUCCUAUAUUAAAUAUUUCCACUUCUACUUGUUAGUUGUUACAAGUUGUAUAUCCACCGCUGCGCCUAGAAGAACAUACAAGAUGUCGGGUGCCGACGCUCUCAUCACGUCUAUUGCUUUGCAAGGCUUGGGCGCCGUCAUGGCCUGCCCACUGGACCUCGCCAAGACAAGGUUCCAGUAUGCGACUUUCUUCGAGCGACCCGCUAUACCUGAAUUGAAGCACUACACCAUGUCCUUUGGGUGGCGCAGAGGGAUGUUCCAGUCAGCCGGCUACUACCUAGGAACGCCAUUGGUAUUCAGCUUCGUCUUCGAUAUGCGGAAGCAUGAUGGAGCACUACUGGCAGCCCUGCAAGCGCGGUUUGUGACGACUCUGGCGUUCAGUCCAUUGGAAUUUAUGACCAGUCCCUAUAUGUCCUAAACCUUCAUACUACUACACAUAUAAAUACUCAAUAUCGUCCGCGUCCCUACAUUUAAACAUAUCGUCCCUAUAUGUCCUAAACCUUCAUACUACUACACAUAUAAAUACUCACAAUAUCGUCCCUACAUUUAAACAUAUCGUCCCUAAACCUUCAUACUUCUCCUAGUCCUUCAUGCUUCAAAAUUGACCAACGGACGUUGCAUCAAGCGACAGGCUUGCGCGGAUUCGACUUCCUCCACUGCCUCCUCCCCUUGAGACGACGUGGCGCACGCGGACUCGUGGCCACGAUGGGCAGGGAUUUGAGCUUCACGUGGAUCUACUGUGGUGGUCUCUUACUGGCCAAACAAUCGAAACUGAUUGCGGCAACGGAUGAACUCACGCGCACGAGCAACGAUAGUCGGGGAACGCUGUCAGCUUUAUUUGGAAACAUAGCGAUGCCGUUUACCGACCCAGCAAGCUACUUCGUGUCCUUCUUUUAAGGCAUUCCGUGAUCCCAAAUUUGCCUUUUUUGCGUGUAGGUAACAAUAGUCUCACUCUCUCGAGGAGUGGGGUAUCUCAAAUUUGCCUUUUUUGCGUGUAGGUAACAAUAGUCUCACUCUCUCCGACCGGGUGUAUCUCAAAUUUGCCUUUUUUGCGUGUAGGUAACAAUAGUCUCACUCUCUCCGACCGGGUGUAUCUCAAAUUUGCCUUUUUUGCGUGUAGGUAACAAUAGUCUCACUCUCUCCGACCGGGUGUAUCUCAAAUUUGCCUUUUUUGCGUGUAGGUAACAAUAGUCUCACUCUCUCCGACCGGGUGUAUUACAAUGGUCUUCUGCUCACUUAAACUUCAAAAGUUAAGUCCCAUAAAGAGGUGUAUCUCAAAAUCUAUGGGUCAUUAGGGGGGUGUACCUCAAAAUAAAUGGGUCAUUAUAGGGUGAGCUCUAAUUUCUUUUCGCUACUGCGGCAACAAUAGUCUCGCAUCCGUUUGACGUGCUGAAAACUCAUAUGCAAACGUUUCCAAGAGCCAGAAUGGAAAAUGGAACAUUGAGAGUGCAAGAAUCAACGCUGAGACAAACGUGGAAGCAUAUCACGUCAGCGAUAGGACCUAUGGGAAGGAGGGUUACCGACUACUCGCUGUUUGCGACAGGUACUAGCACUGCAGCAAUUAUCUUUGAGAAGCUUGACAUCUUCAGAUUGAAUGAUUCAUUUACUGAUAUUUAUUAUAUCAGAUGAAAAUGUUGACUUUCUUCAGUAGUUGAUUUUCAGUUGCAUAGAAGUUGCUUCCUUCGAAGACGAAGAAGUUUAGCACAACCACUCCCAUCCCACUACAAGGCCUCCAAUUCCGCCUUCUCCGCAUCGUCCCGCUUUUUACCUUUCUCGGUAGCCAGUAUUUCGAACAAGGUUGGGUCUCGGAUGAAGAUCCAGAUAAAGCGUUUAUCAAGCUGUGGGCAAGGAUAACGGGAAAACCUGGUCUAGACAAAGGCGAUAUCGUAGAUAACCGGAAGAUGAAGCGGAAUGUGCCUAUGCAUCCAAGGGAGAGGAAGACGAAUCAUGAUCUUUAGGGUGUGUACAAGUUGUUGGUGAAUUUGAAUAUUACUUACCAGACAAGCAGAUGAGCAAGAAGAUGUUGAAACACAAAAUCUGAGUUGAGACUCACAUGAUGCAAAGGUAAAUAAUUUACACAAUCUAUCUUGAGUCUUGCCGUGAUUUUGAAGAAGUAGCAACAAGCGAG